GGACCGGCUGGAGUGUGGGCUGCUGGGUGGGAACCACGUCGGUCCUGGGCCCUAGGAAGGAGGCAAGACCCGCAGCCCCUGACGCACCAUCUGUGCCCCCGCCUGGGUGCCACCGAGCUCACGGUAGACAGGUCCCCAGCUUUGCCACCACCAUGGAUCACUCCUUCAGUGGUGCGCCGCGCUUCCUGACCCGGCCCAAGGCUUUCGUCGUGUCUGUGGGUAAGGACGCCACACUGAGCUGCCAGAUCGUGGGCAACCCUAGGCCACAUGUAAGCUGGGAGAAGGACCGGCAGCCGGUGGAGGCGGGCGCACGCUUCCGCCUGGCCCAGGACGGCGACAUAUACCGCCUCACUAUCCUGGACCUAGCGCUUGGUGACAGCGGGCAGUAUGUGUGCCGCGCGCGCAACGCCAUCGGCGAAGCCUUUGCGGCUGUGGGCCUGCAAGUGGACGCUGAGGCCGCGUGCGCCGAGCAGGCGCCCCACUUUCUGCUACGGCCUACGUCCAUCCGCGUGCGCGAGGGCGCCGACGCCACCUUCAGCUGCCGCGUGCGUGGCUCGCCACCACCGGCGGUGAGCUGGUCCAAGGACGGGCGGCGCCUGGGCGCGCCCGACGCCCCCCGUGUGCGCGUGGAGGAGCAAGGCGAGGCGAGCGCACUGCGCAUCCGGGCGGCGCGACCGCGGGACGGUGGCACCUACGAGGUGCGGGCCGAGAACCCGCUGGGUGCCGCCAGCGCUGCUGCCGCACUCGUGGUGGACUCAGAUACCGAGGCUGCCAGCCCACCUGGGGCCUCAACGGCCGCGCUUCUGGCGCACCUGCAGCAACGACGGGAGGCUAUGCGCGCCGAGGGCGUCCCCGCCUCACCACCCAGCGCCGGCACGCGCACCUGCACGGUGACAGAGGGCAAGCACGCGCGCCUCAGCUGCUACGUGACGGGUGAGCCCAAGCCUGAGACAGUGUGGAAGAAGGACGGGCAGCUGGUGACCGAAGGCCGGCGACAUGUGGUGUACGAGGACGCUCAAGAGAACUUCGUGUUGAAGAUCCUGUUCUGCAAGCAGUCGGACCGCGGCCUCUACACCUGCACGGCAUCCAACCUCGUGGGCCAGACUUACAGUUCCGUGCUGGUCGUUGUGCGAGAGCCGACCGUGCCCUUCAAGAGGCGGCUGCGGGACCUGGAGGUCCGGGAGAAGGAGUCCGCCACGUUCCAGUGCGAGGUGCAGCAGCCCACCACCGAGGCCGCGUGGUUCAAGGAGGAGACGCGGCUGUGGGCGAGCGCCAAGUACGGCAUCGAGGAGGAGGGCACCGAGCGCCGGCUGACCGUGCGCAACGUCUCCGCCGACGACGACGCGGUGUACAUCUGCGAGACCACGGAGGGCAGCCGCACGGUGGCGGAGCUCGCUGUCCAAGGGAACUUGACGCGGAAACUGCCUCGGAAGACAGCAGUGCGCGCGGGGGACACUGCCAUCUUUUGCGUGGAGCUGGCAGUGCCUGAGGGACCUGUGCGCUGGCUGCGGAACCAGGAGGAGGUGGUGGCUGGGGGCCGAGUGGCCAUCGCAGCAGAAGGCACGUGCCACACGCUGACCAUCUUUCAGUGCAGCCUGGAAGACAUGGGCGAGGUGGUCUUCAUGGCUGGAGACUCGCGCACCUCCACCCAGUUCUGCGUGUCUGCCCCCAGGAGGCCACCCCUGCACCCCCCUGUGGACCCUGUGGUGAAGGCCAGAACGGAGAGUUCUGUGACCCUUGGCUGGUACCCACCGCCCCAUGGGGACCGCCCUGUGACCAUUGAUGGCUACCUGGUGGAGAAGAAGCGGCUGGGCACCUAUGCCUGGAGUCGGUGCCACGAGACUGAGUGGGUGGCCACACCUGAGCUCACUGUCGCUGGUGUGACUGAGGAGGGUGACUUCCAGUUCAGGGUGUCAGCGGUCAACAGCUUUGGCCAGAGUCCCUACCUGGAGUUCCCAGGGACCAUCCACCUGGCCCCCCAGCUGGCUGUGAGGACGCCCCUCAAGGCCGUGUCGGCAGUGGAGGGCGGAGAAGCCACCUUCUCUGUGGACCUCACCGUGGCCUCUGCCGGGGAGUGGUUCCUGGAUGGGGUGGCCCUGAAGGCCAGCAGCGUGUACGUGAUCCGCUGGGAUGGCACCCGGCACACGCUCACCAUCCGAGAGGUGCCCGCCAGCCUGCACGGGGCGCAGCUCAAGUUCGUGGCUGACGGCAUCGAAAGCAGCGUCCGGGUGGAGGUCCAAGCCCCUGGGCUGACUGCCCAAAAGCCACCAGCAGUGGCCGCUCGUGAGGUGCUGGCCCGGCUGCACGAAGAGGCUCAGCUGCUGGCCGAGCUGUCGGACCAGGCUGCGGCUGUGACCUGGCUGAAGGACGGCCGCGCGCUGCCCGCCGGCCCCAAGUACCAGGUGCAGGCGUCUGCUGGGCAGCGGGCACUGCUGGUGCGAGAUGUGGUGCAGGACGAUGCUGGCCUCUACGAGUGUGUCAGCCGCGGGAGCCGCAUUGCCUACCAGCUGUCUGUGCAAGGCCUCACGUCCUUCUUGCGCAAAGACACAGCAGGCGGCUGCGUGGAUGCCGUGGUGGGGGCCCUGGCUCAAUUUGAGUGCGAGACCACGGAGGCCCACGUCCCUGUGCGCUGGUUCAAGGAUGGCAAGGAGCUGGGCGGCUCCUGCCCGCGCUAUUCACAGGAGGACGUGGGGACCCGGCAUCGGCUGGUGCUGGCCUCGGUCAGCAGGCAGGACGAGGGCACCUACUCCUGCCGUGUGGGUGAGGACUCCAUGGACUUCCACCUCCGGGUCUCCGAGCCCAAGGCCGUGUUUGCCAAGGAGCAGCCGGCACGCAGCGAGGUGAAGGCCCAGGCGGGGGCCAGUGCCACUCUGAGCUGCGAGGUGGCCCAGGCCCAGACGGAGGUGACGUGGUUCAAGGACGGGAAGAAGCUGAGCCCGAGCUCCCAGGUGCACGUGGAGGCCAAGGGCUGCAGGCGGCAGCUGGUGGUGCGGCAGGCGGGCCAGGCGGACUCUGGGGAGUACAGCUGUGAGGCCGGGGGCCAGAGGGUGUCCUUCCGCCUGGACAUCACUGAGCCCAAGGCCGUGUUUGCCAAGGAGCAGCCGGCACACAGCGAGGUGAAGGCCCAGGCGGGGGCCAGUGCCACUCUGAGCUGCGAGGUGGCCCAGGCCCAGACGGAGGUGACGUGGUUCAAGGACGGGAAGAAGCUGAGCCCGAGCUCCCAGGUGCACGUGGAGGCCAAGGGCUGCAGGCGGCAGCUGGUGGUGCGGCAGGCGGGCCAGGCGGACUCUGGGGAGUACAGCUGUGAGGCCGGGGGCCAGAGGGUGUCCUUCCGCCUGGACGUCACAGAGCCCAAGGUGGUGUUUGCCAAGGAGCAGCCGGCACGCAGUGAGGUGAAGGCCCAGGUGGGGGCCAGUGCCACUCUGAGCUGCGAGGUGGCCCAGGCCCAGAUGGAGGUGACGUGGUUCAAGGACGGGAAGAAGCUGAGCCCGAGCUCCCAGGUGCACGUGGAGGCCAAGGGCUGCAGGCGGCAGCUGGUGGUGCGGCAGGCAGGCCAGGCGGACUCUGGGGAGUACAGCUGUGAGGCCGGGGGCCAGAGGGUGUCCUUCCGCCUGGACGUCACAGAGCCCAAGGCCGUGUUUGCCAAGGAGCAGCCAGCACGCAGUGAGGUGAAGGCCCAGGCGGGGGCCAGUGCCACUCUGAGCUGCGAGGUGGCCCAGGCCCAGACGGAGGUGACGUGGUUCAAGGACGGGAAGAAGCUGAGCCCGAGCUCCCAGGUGCACGUGGAGGCCAAGGGCUGCAGGCGGCAGCUGGUGGUGCGGCAGGCAGGCCAGGCGGACUCUGGGGAGUACAGCUGUGAGGCCGGGGGCCAGAGGGUGUCCUUCCGCCUGGACGUCACAGAGCCCAAGGCCGUGUUUGCCAAGGAGCAGCCGGCACGCAGUGAGGUGAAGGCCCAGGCGGGUGCCAGUGCCACUCUGAGCUGCGAGGUGGCCCAGGCCCAGACGGAGGUGACGUGGUUCAAGGACGGGAAGAAGCUGAGCCCGAGCUCCCAGGUGCACGUGGAGGCCAAGGGCUGCAGGCGGCAGCUGGUGGUGCGGCAGGCGGGCCAGGCGGACUCUGGGGAGUACAGCUGUGAGGCCGGGGGCCAGAGGGUGUCCUUCCGCCUGGACGUCACAGAGCCCAAGGUGGUGUUUGCCAAGGAGCAGCCGGCACGCAGCGAGGUGAAGGCCCAGGCGGGGGCCAGUGCCACUCUGAGCUGCGAGGUGGCCCAGGCCCAGACGGAGGUGACGUGGUUCAAGGACGGGAAGAAGCUGAGCCCGAGCUCCCAGGUGCACGUGGAGGCCAAGGGCUGCAGGCGGCAGCUGGUGGUGCGGCAGGCAGGCCAGGCGGACUCUGGGGAGUACAGCUGUGAGGCCGGGGGCCAGAGGGUGUCCUUCCGCCUGGACGUCACAGAGCCCAAGGUGGUGUUUGCCAAGGAGCAGCCGGCACGCAGUGAGGUGAAGGCCCAGGUGGGGGCCAGUGCCACUCUGAGCUGCGAGGUGGCCCAGGCCCAGAUGGAGGUGACGUGGUUCAAGGACGGGAAGAAGCUGAGCCCGAGCUCCCAGGUGCACGUGGAGGCCAAGGGCUGCAGGCGGCAGCUGGUGGUGCGGCAGGCAGGCCAGGCGGACUCUGGGGAGUACAGCUGUGAGGCCGGGGGCCAGAGGGUGUCCUUCCGCCUGGACGUCACAGAGCCCAAGGCCGUGUUUGCCAAGGAGCAGCCAGCACGCAGUGAGGUGAAGGCCCAGGCGGGGGCCAGUGCCACUCUGAGCUGCGAGGUGGCCCAGGCCCAGACGGAGGUGACGUGGUUCAAGGACGGGAAGAAGCUGAGCCCGAGCUCCCAGGUGCACGUGGAGGCCAAGGGCUGCAGGCGGCAGCUGGUGGUGCGGCAGGCAGGCCAGGCGGACUCUGGGGAGUACAGCUGUGAGGCCGGGGGCCAGAGGGUGUCCUUCCGCCUGGACGUCACAGAGCCCAAGGCCGUGUUUGCCAAGGAGCAGCCGGCACACAGCGAGGUGAAGGCCCAGGCGGGGGCCAGUGCCACUCUGAGCUGCGAGGUGGCCCAGGCCCAGACGGAGGUGACGUGGUUCAAGGACGGGAAGAAGCUGAGCCCGAGCUCCCAGGUGCACGUGGAGGCCAAGGGCUGCAGGCGGCAGCUGGUGGUGCGGCAGGCGGGCCAGGCGGACUCCGGGGAGUACAGCUGUGAGGCCGGGGGCCAGAGGGUGUCCUUCUGCCUGGACGUCACAGAGCCCAAGGCCGUGUUUGCCAAGGAGCAGCCGGCACACAGCGAGGUGAAGGCCCAGGCGGGGGCCAGUGCCACUCUGAGCUGCGAGGUGGCCCAGGCCCAGACGGAGGUGACGUGGUUCAAGGACGGGAAGAAGCUGAGCCCGAGCUCCCAGGUGCACGUGGAGGCCAAGGGCUGCAGGCGGCAGCUGGUGGUGCGGCAGGCGGGCCAGGCGGACUCUGGGGAGUACAGCUGUGAGGCCGGGGGCCAGAGGGUGUCCUUCCGCCUGGACGUCACUGAGCCCAAGGCCGUGUUUGCCAAGGAGCAGCCGGCACACAGCGAGGUGAAGGCCCAGGCGGGGGCCAGUGCCACUCUGAGCUGCGAGGUGGCCCAGGCCCAGACGGAGGUGACGUGGUUCAAGGACGGGAAGAAGCUGAGCCCGAGCUCCCAGGUGCACGUGGAGGCCAAGGGCUGCAGGCGGCAGCUGGUGGUGCGGCAGGCGGGCCAGGCGGACUCCGGGGAGUACAGCUGUGAGGCCGGGGGCCAGAGGGUGUCCUUCCGCCUGGACGUCACAGAGCCCAAGGUGGUGUUUGCCAAGGAGCAGCCGGCACACAGCGAGGUGAAGGCCCAGGCGGGGGCCAGUGCCACUCUGAGCUGCGAGGUGGCCCAGGCCCAGACGGAGGUGACGUGGUUCAAGGACGGGAAGAAGCUGAGCCCGAGCUCCCAGGUGCACGUGGAGGCCAAGGGCUGCAGGCGGCAGCUGGUGGUGCGGCAGGCGGGCCAGGCGGACUCUGGGGAGUACAGCUGUGAGGCCGGGGGCCAGAGGGUGUCCUUCCGCCUGGACGUCACAGAGCCCAAGGCGGUGUUUGCCAAGGAGCAGCCGGCACGCAGCGAGGUGAAGGCCCAGGCGGGGGCCAGUGCCACUCUGAGCUGCGAGGUGGCCCAGGCCCAGACGGAGGUGACGUGGUUCAAGGACGGGAAGAAGCUGAGCCCGAGCUCCCAGGUGCACGUGGAGGCCAAGGGCUGCAGGCGGCAGCUGGUGGUGCGGCAGGCGGGCCAGGCGGACUCCGGGGAGUACAGCUGUGAGGCCGGGGGCCAGAGGGUGUCCUUCCGCCUGGACGUCACAGAGCCCAAGGUGGUGUUUGCCAAGGAGCAGCCGGCACGCAGCGAGGUGAAGGCCCAGGCGGGGGCCAGUGCCACUCUGAGCUGCGAGGUGGCCCAGGCCCAGACGGAGGUGACGUGGUUCAAGGACGGGAAGAAGCUGAGCCCGAGCUCCCAGGUGCACGUGGAGGCCAAGGGCUGCAAGCGGCAGCUGGUGGUGCGGCAGGCGGGCCAGGCGGACUCCGGGGAGUACAGCUGUGAGGCCGGGGGCCAGAGGGUGUCCUUCCGCCUGGACGUCACAGAGCCAGCGCCUGAGUCCCAGGUCCUGGAGAGACCUGGCCGCAGGGAGCCUCUGGUGGUCAUGGAACACCAGGACAUCGUCCUGACCGCCACGCUGGCCACAUCUUCUGUGGCGGCAGUGACUUGGCUCAAGGAUGGUGUGGAGAUUCGGCGUAGCAAGCGGCACCAGACCACUAGCCUGGGGGACACGCACACCCUGACGGUCAGAGGAGCCCAGGUGGUUGACAGCGCCGUCUACAGCUGCCGAGUCGGCACGGAGAGUCAGGACUUCCCAGUGCAAGUGGAAGAGGUGGUCGCCAAGUUCUCCAGGCCCCUGGAGACUGUCACGGGGGACCUGGGUGGCACGGUGACGCUGGCCUGCGAGCUGAGCCCGCCGCAGGCGGAGGUGGUGUGGCGCUGUGGUAGCACGCAGCUGCGGGCGGGCAAGCGCUUCCAGAUGGCCGCCGAGGGCCCCCUGCGCACGCUCACCGUGUCCAGCCUGCGGGAGGAGGAUGCGGGAGAGUACGUGUGCGAGAGCCGGGAUGACCGCACCAGUGCACAGCUCAGCGUCCGCGUGCCCCGAGUGGUCAAGUUCACAUCUGGGCUGAGCGCAGUGGUUGUGGAGGAGGGCUGCGAGGCCACCUUCCAGUGCGUGGUGUCCCCCAGUGAUGCAGCGGUCACCUGGCGCCUGGAUGGCACCCAGCUGCAGCCCAGCGAGAAGUUCCUCAUGUCACAGAGCGGUGCCAGCCACAGCCUGACCAUCUCUGGUGUGGCACUAGAGGAUGCAGGCCAGAUCACAGUGGAGUCUGAGGGCGCCUCCUCAUCUGCUGCCCUCCGGGUCAGAGAGGCGCCGGUGCUGUUCAAGAAGAAGCUGGAGCCGCAGACGGUGGAGGAGCGGAGUUCUGUGACGCUGGAGGUGGAGUUGACGCGUCCAUGGCCCGAGGUGAAGUGGACGCGGAACGCCGCGGUCCUGGUGCCGGGGGAGAACGUGGAGAUCCAGGCCGCGGGCACGCAACACCGCCUGGUGCUGCGUAGCGUGGGCUUCGCCGACCGCGGCUUCUUCGGCUGCGAGACGCCGGACGACAAGACGCAGGCCAAGCUCACAGUGGAGAUGCGCCAGGUCCGGCUGGUUCGGGGCUUGCAGGCAGUGGAGGUGAGAGAACAGGGCACAGCUACCAUGGAGGUGGAGCUGUCGCAUGCAGAAGUGGAGGGCACCUGGACACGCGACGGACUGCGUCUGCAGCCAGGGCCUACGUGCCAUGUAGCCGCGCAUGGGCCCACACACACUCUCACGCUCUCCGAGCUGCGACCCCAGGACAGUGGACUAGUGGCCUUCAAGGCAGAGGGCGUGCACACAUCUGCCCAGCUGGUGGUCACUGAGCUGCCCGUGAGCUUCAGCCGCCCACUGCAGGAUGUGGUGGCUACCCAGAAAGAGAAGGUGACCCUGGAGUGCGAGCUGUCCCGUCCCAACGCUGACGUGCGCUGGCUGAAGGAUGGUGUGGAGCUGCGGUCAGGCAAGACCAUGGGCAUAGUGACCCAGGGUACCUGUAGAAGCCUCGUUAUCUACCGGUGUGAGGUAGGGGACCAGGGCGUCUACGUGUGUGACACCGGCGAGGCUCAGAGCUCUGCCUCUCUGAAGGUGCAAGGACGCAGUGUCCAGAUUGUGCGGCCCCUGGAGGACGUGGAGGUGAUGGAGAAGGAGGGUGCCAGUUUCUCCUGCGAGGUCUCCCACGACGAAGUGCCUGGCCAGUGGUUCCGGGAGGGGAGUAAGCUGCGGCCCACUGACACUGUGCGCAUCCGACAGGAAGGAAGGACAUACACUCUCAUCUACCGGAGGGUCCUGGCAGAAGAUGCGGGGGAGAUAAAGUUCGUAGCAGAAAAUGCAGAAUCGCGAGCCCACCUCCGAGUGAAAGAGCUGCCUGUGUCCCUCCUCCGCCCGCUGAGGGACAAGAUCGCCAUGGAGAAGCACCGCGGAGUGCUCGAGUGCCAGGUGUCCAGGGCCAGUGCGCAGGUGCGGUGGUUCAAGGGUGGCAAGGAGCUGCAGCCUGGGCCCAAGUAUGAGAUGGUCAGCGACGGCCUCUACCGCAAGCUGGUCAUCAACGACGUGCAGCCGGAGGACGAGGACUCCUACACCUGCGACGCGGGUGACGUCAAGACCAGCGCCCAGUUCUUCGUGGAAGAGCAGUCCAUCACCAUCGUGCGGGGGCUGCAGGACGUGACGGUCAUGGAGCCUGCCCCUGCCUGGUUUGAGUGUGAGACCUCCAUUCCGUCUGUGAGGCCGCCCAAGUGGCUCUUGGGCAAGACAGUGCUGCAGGCGGGGCCGCACGUUGGCCUGGAGCAGGAGGGCACGGUGCACCGGCUGUCGCUGCGGAGGACCUGCUCCACCAUGACCGGGCCCGUGCACUUCACCAUCGGCAAGUCCCGCUCCUCUGCCCGCCUGGUGGUCUCAGACAUCCCGGUGGUGCUGACCCGGGCGCUGGAGCCCAAGGCCGGGCGUGAGCUGCAGUCUGUGGUCCUGUCCUGUGACUUCAGACCGCCCCCCAAGGCUGUGCAGUGGUACAAGGAGGACACGCCGCUGGCCCCGUCGGACAAAUACAGGAUGACCCUGGAGGGCCAGAUGGCAGAGCUGCGCGUCCUCCGGCUCACCCCUGCCGACGCGGGCACCUACCGGUGCCAGGCGGGCAACGCCCAGAGCAGCGCCGAGGUCACCGUGGAAGCUCGGGAGGUGGCCGUGACGCGGCCGCUGCAGGACGUGGAGGCCGUUGAGGAGGAGCGGGUGUGCCUCUGGUGCGAGCUGUCCCUGGAGGACGAGGAGGUGGAGUGGUCACUCGAUGGCGUGCCCCUGUACAACGACAGCUUCCACGAGAUCAGCCACGAGGGCCAGCGCCACACGCUGGUGCUGAAGAGCGUCCGGCGGGCGGACGCAGGCACGGUGCGCGCCAGCUCCCCCAAGGUGUCCACAGCGGCCAGCCUGCUGGUCCGAGCGAAGCCAGUGGUGUUCCUGAAGGCGCUGGAUGACGUGUCCGUGGAGGAGCGCGGCACGCUGGCCCUGCAGUGCGAGGUGUCAGACCCCCGGGUGCCUGUGGUUUGGCGCAAAGAUGGUGUGGAACUGGGUCCCAGCAGCAAGUACGACUUCCUGCAGACGGCGGGCACGCGGGGCCUGGUGGUGCACGACCUGAGUCGCGAGGAUGCUGGCCAGUACACCUGCCAUGUGGGCAGCCAGGAGACCCGGGCCCGGGUCAGUGUGCACGAUCUGCACGUGGGCAUCACCAAGAGGCUGAAGACGGUGGAGGUGCUGGAGGGGGACAGCUGCAGCUUCGAGUGCAUCCUGUCCCACGAGAGCACGGCUGACUUGGCCGUGUGGACUGUUGGCGGGAAGACGGUGGGCAGCUCUGGCCACUUCCAGGCCACACGCCAGGGCCGCAAGUACACCCUGACGGUCCGAGACGCCGCGCUCAGCGACGCUGGGGAGGUGGUCUUUUCCGUGCGGGACCUCACCUGCAAGGCGUCCCUUCUUGUCAGAGAGAGGCCAGUGGACAUCGUGAAGCCCCUGGAAGACCAGCGGGCCACGCUGGGGGAGGACGUGGUGCUGAGCUGCGAGCUUUCGAGGGCAGGCACCCCGGUGCGCUGGCUGAAGGACGGGAAGGCCAUCCGCAAGAGUCAGAAGUACGACCUCCUCCGCCAAGGCACGCGGGCGGGGCUGGUGGUCCGCGCGGCCUCUCUCAAGGACUCCGGCGAGUAUUCGUGUGAGACGGACGCGUCCAGGAGCACGGCCAGACUCCGAGUGGAGGAGAAGGCAAACCGCUUUACAGAGGAGCUGGUGGACCUGCAGGUGGAGGAGAAGGGCACAGCCGUGCUCUCCUGCAGGACGGAGCUGCCGGCCUCCAGCGUGACGUGGCGCAAGGGCCCUCGGGAGCUGCGGGCCUCGGGGAGGCACACCUUGAGCCAGGAGGGCCUGGCCCUGCGGCUCACCAUCCACCCCCUGGAGAGGGCAGACAGCGACACCUACACCUGUGACAUCGGGCAGGCGCAGACCCAGGCCCGGCUCCUGGUGCAGGGGCAGAGGGUGCUCAUCACGGAACAGCUGCAGGACGUGGAGGUGCAUGAGGGCUCCUCGGCCACGUUCUGUUGCCGCGUCGCCCCUGCUGACCACGAGCCCGCGCGCUGGUUCCUGGAUGAGACCCCCUUGCAUGCCAACGAGCUCAAUGAGAUUGAGGUCCAGCCUGGGGGAUACCAUGUGCUCACGCUGCGGCAGCUGGCGCUCAAGGACUCUGGCACCAUCUACUUCGAGGCUGGUGACCAGAGGACCUCGGCCACCCUUCGGGUCACUGAGAAGCCCAGCAUCUUCUCGCGGGAGCUCACAGACGCCACGGUCACAGAAGGCGAGGACCUGACUCUCACGUGUGAGACCACUGCUCCCGGCACCCCUGUGCGCUGGACCAAGGACGGGAAGACGCUGCGGCCGUCCGCCCGGUGCCAGCUGAACUAUGAGGGCUGCUGUGCCCAGCUGGUCAUCACAGGUGCCACCCCGCAGGAUGGUGGGCGAUACAAGUGUGAGGCUGGAGGGGCCUGGAGCAGCUCCAUCGUCAGGGUCCAUGCUCGGCCGGUGAGGUUCCGGGAGGCGCUGCGGGACCUGGAGCUGCCGGAGGGCGGUGCUGCCACGCUGCGCUGUGUGCUGUCCUCCGUGGCUGCACCCGUGGAGUGGCGCCGUGGGGAAGAGGUCCUGAGGUCCGGCGGCAAGUACUGCCUGCGCCAGGAGGGUGCCGUGCUGGAGCUGGUCAUCCGGGACCUGCGGCCCCAGGACGGCGGCAGGUAUUCGUGCUCCUUUGGGGACCAGACAACCUCGGCCACGCUCUCUGUGAAGGCACUGCCUGCCCAGUUCAUAGGGAAACUAAGGAACAAGGAGGCCACGGAAGGGGCCACGGCCACGCUGCGCUGUGAGCUGAGCAAGGCGGCCCCCGUGGAGUGGAGGAAGGGGACAGAGCCCCUCAGAGACGGGGACCGGCUAAGCCUGAGGCAGGAGGGGGCCGUGUGUGAGCUGCAGAUCCGGGACCUGGCCGAGGAGGACGCCGGGGAGUACCUGUGCAUGUGUGGGCAGGAGAGGACCUCGGCCACGCUGGCCGUCAGGGCCCUGCCCGCCAGGUUCACAGAGGGUCUGAGGAAUGAGGAGGCCGUGGAAGGGACCACGGCCACGCUGCGGUGUGUGCUGAGCAGAGAGGCCCCCGUGGAGUGGAGGAAGGGGACGAAGACCCUCAGAGACGGGGACCGGCACAGGCUGAGGCAGGAGGGGGCCGUGUGUGAGCUGCAGAUUCGGGGCCUGACCGUGGAGGACGCCGGGGAGUACGCGUGUGUGUGUGGGCAGGAGAGGACCUCGGCCUCGCUGGCCGUCAGGGCCCUGCCCGCCAGGUUCACAGGAGACCUGAGAGGCCAAGAAGUCACGGAAGGGGCCACGGCCACGCUGCGCUGUGAGCUGAGCAAGGCGGCCCCCGUGGAGUGGAGGAAGGGGUCAGAGCCCCUCAGAGACGGGGACAGGCUGAGCGUGAGGCAGGAGGGGGCCGUGUGUGAGCUGCAGAUUCGGGGCCUGACCGUGGAGGACGCUGGGGAGUACGUGUGCGUGUGUGGGCAGGAGAGGACCUCGGCCACGCUGGCCGUCAGGGCCCUGCCCACCAGAUUCACAGAAGACCUGAGAAGCCAAGAAGUCACAGAAGGGGCCACGGCCACGCUGCGGUGUGUGCUGAGCAGAGAGGCCCCCGUGGAGUGGAGGAAGGGGUCUGAGACCCUCAGAGACGGGGACCGGCACAGGCUGAGGCAGGAGGGGGCCGUGUGUGAGCUGCAGAUUCGGGGCCUGGCUGUGGAGGACGCUGGGGAGUACGCCUGCGUGUGUGGGCAGGAGAGGACCUCGGCCACGCUGGCCGUGAAGGCCCUGCCUGCACAAUUCACUGAGGAUCUGAAGCCCACGGAGGCCGUGGAAGGGGCCACGGCCACACUGAGGUGUACGCUCAGCAGAGAGGCCCCCGUGGAGUGGAGGAAGGGAGCGAAGACCCUGACCGGUGGGGACAGAGUCCGCCUGAGGCAGGAGGGGGCCGUGUGUGAGCUGCAGAUCCGGGGCCUGGCCAUGGCGGAUGCUGGGGAGUACGCGUGCGUGUGCAGGGAGGAGAGGACCUCGGCCACGCUGACCGUGCUGGCCCUGCCCGCCAGGUUCACAGAGGGUCUGAGGAAUGAGGAGGCCGUGGAAGGGGCCACGGCCACGCUGCGGUGUGUGCUGAGCAGAGAGGCCCCCGUGGAGUGGAGGAAGGGAGCGAAGACCCUCAGAGACGGGGACCGGCACAGGCUGAGGCAGGAGGGGGCCGUGUGUGAGCUGCAGAUCCAGGGCCUGACCGUGGAGGACGCCGGGGAGUACCUGUGUGUGUGUGGGCAGGAGAGGACCUCGGCCUCGCUGGCCGUCAGGGCCCUGCCUGCCAGAUUCACAGAAGACCUGAGAAGCCAAGAAGUCACAGAAGGGACCACGGCCACGCUGCGGUGUGAACUCAGCAAGGCGGCCCCCGUGGAGUGGAGGAAGGGGUCUGAGACCCUCAGAGACGGGGACCGGCACAGGCUGAGGCAGGAGGGGGCCGUGUGUGAGCUGCAGAUUCGGGGCCUGGCUGUGGAGGACGCUGGGGAGUACGCGUGCGUGUGUGGGCAGGAGAGGACCUCGGCCACGCUGGCCGUCAGGGCUCCACAGGCUGUAUUCCGGGAGCCACUCCAGUGCCUGCAGGCAGAGGAGGGCUCCACAGCCAGCCUGCGGUGCGAGCUGUCCCUGCCCACCGCCACCGUGGUGUGGAGCAAGAGCGGCCUGGAGCUGCAAGCCGACGGGCGCCGGGAGCUGCGGCGGCGGGGCUGCACCGCGGAGCUGCUGCUGCGGGACCUGCGCCGCGAGGACGCGGGCGAGUACAGUUGUGCCUGCGGCUCCCAGGCCACCAGCGCCACCCUCACGGUCACAGCUGCGCCGGUGCGGUUCCUCCGGGAGCUGCAGGCCUUAGAGGUGGAUGAGGGAGCUACAGCGCACCUGCGCUGCGAGCUGAGCCAGGCGGGCGCGAGCUUGGAGUGGCGCAAGGGCUCCCUGCAGCUCUUCCCCUGCGCCAAGUACCAGAUGGUGCAGGAGGGCUCCGUCGCCGAGCUGCUUGUGCGUGGGGCGGAGCAGGAGGAUGCCGGCGACUACACCUGCGACGCGGGUCAGGCGCAGACCACAGCCUCCCUUUCCGUUCGCUCCCCCAAGCCCAAGUUCAAGACCCGGCUGCAGAGCGUGGAGCAGGAGGCAGGUGGUGUGGCUCGGCUGUGUUGCCAGCUGAGUGAGGCCGAACCAGGGGCCUCAGUGCAGUGGCUAAAGGAGGGCGUGGAGCUGCCCAUGGGCCCCAAGUAUGAGAUGCGCUGCCAAGGGGCCACUUGCGAGCUGUUGGUCCACGGGCUGGAGGUCAAGGACACGGGAGAGUACGCCUGUGUGGUGGGUGGCCAGAAAACCCUGGCCUCCCUCAGGGUCAAAGAGCCCGAGGUUACCAUUGUGAGGGGCCUGGUGGAUGCUGAGGUGCAGGCUGACGAGGACGUGGAGUUCAGCUGUGAGCUGUCCCGGGCGGGGGCCACUGAGGUGCAGUGGCGCCUCCAGGGCCUGCCACUGCAGAGCAACGAGGUGACAGAGGUGGCUGUCCGGGAUGGCUGCACCCACACACUCCAGUUGAAGGGCGUGACACUCGAGGACGCCGGUACUGUGUCCUUCCACGUGGGCAGCCACACCUCUUCUGCUCAGCUCACUGUCAGAGUCCCAGAGGUGACCAUCCUGGAGCCCCUGCAGGACAUGCAGCUGAGUGAAGGCCAGGAUGCCCACUUCCAGUGCCGGCUGUCCAGGGCCUCAGGCCAGGAGGCCCGCUGGGCUUUGGGAGGGGUGCCCCUGCAGGCCAACGAGAUGAACGACAUCACUGUGGAGCAGGGCACCCUUCACCGGCUCACUCUGCACAAGGUGACCCUUGAAGAUGCGGGAACCAUCAGUUUCCAAGUGGGCUCAUGUAGCUCAGAAGCCCAGCUGAAGGUCACAGCCAAGAACACGGUGGUCCGGGGCCUGGAGAACGUGGACGCGCCAGAGGGCGGCGAGGCGUUGUUUGAGUGCCAGCUGUCCCGGCCCGAGGUGGCCGCCCACGCCUGGCUGCUGGACGACGAGCCUGUGCACACCUCAGAGGACGCAGAGGUGGUCUACUUUGAGAACGGGCUGCGGCACCUACUGCUGCUCAAAAACCUGCGGCCCGAGCACAGCUGUCGGGUGACGUUCCUGGCUGGGGACGUGGUCACGUCUGCGUUCCUCACCGUCAGAGGCUGGCGCUUGGAAGUCCUGGAGCCCCCGCAGGAUGCAGCGGUGCGAGCUGGCUCGCAGGCUCGCUUCACCUGCACGCUCAGCGAGGCUGUGCCCGUGGGUGAAGCCACCUGGUACAUCAAUGGCACUGCGAUACAGCCCGAGGACAGUGACUGCAUGGUCACCGUUGAUGGCAGCCACCACACCCUGCUGCUACGCAAUGCCCAGCUGCACCAUGCUGGGGAAGUCACCUUUGCUGCCCGCGACGCUGUGGCCUCAGCUCGGCUCUCAGUGCUGGGCCUCCCGGACCCCCCAGAGGAUGCCGAGGUGGUGGGUCGCAGUGGCCACUCGGUGACGCUGUCCUGGGUGGCUCCCACAAGUGACGGUGGAGGGGGUCUAUGCGGCUAUCGGGUAGAGAUGAAAGAGGGGUCCAAGGGCCAGUGGCGUUUGUGCCAUGAGCUGGUGCCUGGGCCUGAGUGUGUGGUGGACGGAUUGACCCCUGGGGAAACCUACCGCUUCCGAGUGGCUGCCGUGGGCCCUGCAGGUGCCGGAGAGCCAGUGCACCUGCCCCAGAUGGUCAGGCUGGAGCCAGUGGAGCCUGUACCUCCCCCAGCCCCUGCCCCUGUGAGCCGGCAGGUGGUAGCCGGAGAGGAUGUCCACCUGGAGGUGCAGGUGGCAGCUGAGGCUGGUGAGGUCACCUGGCACAAGGGGACAGAGCGCAUCCAACCUGGUGGCCACUUUGAAGUCCUUUCUCGGGGUCGGCAGCAGACACUGGUGAUCAAGGGCUUCAGGGCAGAAGACCAGGGCGAGUACCGCUGUGGCCCGGCCCACGCGCUGGCCUCCACAGAGGCUGCUGCCAUCCAGGUGGUGCUGGCCCCUGGCUCUGGGAACAAGGCUCCCACACAGCCCAGCCUGCCCCCCGAGGCAGCCCAGGAGGGUGACCUCCACCUGCUGUGGGAGGCCCUGGCCCGGAGACGCCGCAUGAGCCGUGAACCCACGCUGGACUCCAUCAGCGAGCUUCCGGAGGAGGAUGGCCGCACGCGUCACCCACGGCAGGAGGCAGAGGAGGCAGCCCCUGACCUCUCUGAGGGCUACUCCACGGCCGAUGAGCUGGCCCGCACUGGAGAGGCUGACCUCUCCCACACCAGCUCUGACGAUGAGUCCCGGGCAGGCACUCCUUCCCUGGUGACUUACCUCAAGAAGGCUGGGCGGCCCGGGGUCUCACCCCUGGCCAGCAUGGCCGGGGCCCCGGCUGCCCCCUCUGUGGGACCACAGAAGCGGCAGGAGCACCCAACCCUGGUGCAGCCAGCCCUGGGAGGUCCGAGUGCCGAGGGUCUGGGCGAUCCCUCCAUGGACAAGGCGGCCGUGAAGAUCCAGGCCGCCUUUAAGGGCUACAAGGUGCGGAAGGAGAUGAAGCAGCAGGAAGGACCCACGUUCUCCCGCACGUUUGAGGACACUGAAGCGCAGGUUGGGGACGCCCUGAGGCUGGAGUGUGUGGUGGCCAGCAAGGCAGACGUGUGGGCACGCUGGCUGAAGGACGGAGUGGAGCUGCUGGACGGGCGGCACCACCACAUCGACCAGCUGGGGGAUGGUACGUGCUCCCUGCUGGUCACCGGCCUGGGCCGCGCGGACACUGGUCGCUACACCUGUCAGGCGAGCAACAAGUUUGGCUGCGUGAGCCACAGCGCCUGCGUGGUGGUCAGCGGCACGGAGAGCGAGGCUGAGAGCUCCUCUGGCGGCGAGCUGGACGACGCCUUCCGCCGAGCCGCCCGGCGCCUGCACCGGCUCUUCCGCACCAAGGGCCCCGCCGAGGUGUCUGACGAGGAGCUGUUCCUCAGCGCCGACGAGGGUCCCAGGGCACCGGAGGAGCCUGCCGACUGGCACACCUACCGCGAGGACGAGAACUUCGUCUGCAUCCGUUUCGAGGCCCUGGCUGAAGCUCAGAGGGCGGCCACCUGCUUCCGAGAGAUGUUCACCACCAUGGGCUUCGGGGUGGAGGUCAGCCUGGUGGAGCAGGGGCCCCGGGCGGUGGAGCUGCGCAUCAGCAAGGCGGCCCCUGCCCCUGCAGCGCCUCCGGAGCCAGGACGCCGCCGGCUGGCUUCUGAUGCCGCCCCGACGUUCCUGACGGAGCUGCAGAACCAGGAGGUGCAGGAUGGGUAUCCCGUGAGCUUUGACUGCGUGGUGACAGGCCAGCCCGUGCCCAGCGUGCGCUGGUUCAAGGAUGGGAAGCUGCUGGAGGAGGAUGACCACUACAUGAUCAACGAGGACCAGCAGGGUGGCCACCAGCUCAUCAUCACGGCCGUGGUGCCCGCGGACAUGGGUGUCUACCGCUGCCUGGCGGAGAACAGUGUGGGCGUCUCCUCCACCAAGGCUGAGCUCCGAGUGGAGCUGACCAGCACAGACUACGACACUGCUGCAGAUGCCACGGAGACCUCGUCCUACUUCAGUGCCCAGGGAUACCUGUCCAGCCGGGAGCAAGAGGGAACUGAGUCAGAUGAAGGGCAGCUGCCCCAGGUGGUAGAGGAGCUGAGGGACCUCCAGGUGGCCCCUGGCACACGCCUGGCCAAAUUCCAGCUCAAGGUGAAAGGCUACCCAGCCCCAAGGUUGUACUGGUUCAAAGACGGCCAGCCCCUGUCUGCCUCUGCCCACAUCCGCAUGGCUGACAAGAAGACCCUGCACGCCCUGGAGAUUGUCUCUGUCACUCGGGAGGACGCUGGCCAAUAUGCGGCCUAUAUCAGCAAUGCUGUUGGUGCUGCCUACUCGUCCGCCCGGCUGCUGGUCCGAGGCCCAGAUGAACCCGAGGAGAAGCCAGCCUCAGGCGUGUGUGAGCAGCUGGUGCCGCCCCGCAUCGUGGAGAGGUUCACCCCCAAGAGAGUGAAGAGGGGCUCCAGCGUCACGUUCUCGGUGAAGGUGGAAGGACGCCCGGCCCCCACCCUGCACUGGCUCAAGGAGGAGGCCGAGAGAGGCGUGCUGUGGAUAGGCCCCAGCACCCCAGGCUACACCGUGGCCAGCUCUGCCCAGCAGCACAGCCUGGUCCUGCUGGACGUGGGCCGGCAGCACCAGGGCACCUACACCUGCAUCGCCACCAAUGCCGCCGGCCAGGCGCUCUGCUCCGCCAGCCUGCACGUCUCAGGCCUGCCCAAGGAGGAGGAGCAGGAGAAGGUGAAGGCGGCUCUCAUCUCUACCUUCCUGCAGGGGACCCCCCAGGCCAUCUCGGCUCAGAUGUCAGAGUCUGCUGGUUCCACCGGACUUGCUGGGCAGAGGAAAGGGGAGGCCCUGGUGGCUGAGGAGGCCCACGGCCACCUGUCCCUUGCCGAGGUGGGCACGGAGGAGUUCCUGCAGAAACUCACCUCCCAGAUCACUGAGAUGGUGUCAGCCAAGAUCACACAGGCCAAGCUGCAGGUGCCUGGAGGUGACAGUGACGAGGAGUCCAAGACUCCAUCUGCCUCCCCCCGGCACGGCCGGUCCCGGCCAUCCUCCAGCGUCCAGGAGUCAUCCUCGGAGUCGGAGGACGGGGAUUCCCGAGGCGAGAUCUUCGACAUCUACGUGGCCACAGCCGACUACCUGCCCCUGGGGGCUGAGCCGGAUGCUGUCACGCUGCGGGAAGGCCAGUAUGUGGAGGUGCUGGACUCAGCCCACCCGCUGCGCUGGCUGGUGCGCACCAAGCCCACCAAGUCCAGCCCUUCCAGGCAGGGUUGGGUGUCGCCGGCCUACCUGGACAAGAGGCUCAAGCUGUCCCCUGAGUGGGGGCCCAGCGAGGCCCCCGAGUUCCCCGAGGCUGUGUCUGAGGACGAGUACAAGACCAGGCUGAGCUCCGUCCUCCAGGAGCUGCUGAGCUCGGAGCAGGCCUUCGUGGGCGAGCUGCAGUUCCUCCAGAGCCACCACAUCCAGCACCUGGACCGCUGUCCCCGCGUGCCAGCAGCCGUGGCCAGCCAGAAGGCAGUCAUCUUCCGCAACGUGCAGGACAUCGGCCGCUUCCACAGCAGCUUUCUGCAGGAGCUGCAGCGCUGUGACACAGACGACGACGUGGCCAUGUGCUUCAUCAAGAACCAGGAAGCCUUUGAGAAGUACCUGGAGUUCCUGGUGGGCCGUGUGCAGGCGGAGUCUGUGGUCGUCAGCACGCCGGUCCAGGAGUUCUACAAGAAGUACGCGGAGGAGACGCUGUCUGCCGGGGACCCCACGCAGCCACCCCCACCCCCUCUGCAGCACUAUCUGGAACAGCCCGUGGAGCGGGUGCAGAAGUACCAGGCUCUGCUGAAGGAGCUGAUCCGCAACAAGGCCCGGAACCGGCAGAACUGCGCCCUCCUGGAGCGGGCCUACGCCGUGGUGUCGGCGCUGCCGCAGCGGGCCGAGAACAGGCUGCACGUGUCCCUCAUGGAGAACUACCCGGGCACUCUGGAGGCCCUGGGGGAGCCCAUCCGCCAGGGCCACUUCAUCGUGUGGGAGGGUGCACCAGGGGCCCGGAUGCCCUGGAAGGGCCACAACCGCCACGUCUUCCUGUUCCGGAACCACCUGGUGAUCUGCAAGCCCCGGCGAGACUCUCGCACCGACACCUUCAGCUACGUGUUCCGGAACAUGAUGAAGCUGAGCAGCAUCGACCUUAACGACCAGGUGGAAGGGGACGACCGUGCCUUCGAGGUGUGGCAUGAGCGAGAGGACUCCGUGCGCAAGUACCUGCUGCAGGCGCGGACGGUCAUCAUCAAGAACUCCUGGGUGAAGGAGAUCAGCGGCAUCCAGCAGCGCCUGGCCCUGCCUGUGUGGCGUCCUCCGGACUUUGAAGAGGAACUGGCUGACUGCACGGCUGAGCUGGGCGAGACGGUCAAGCUGGCCUGCCGUGUGACCGGCACACCCAGACCCAUCGUCAGCUGGUACAAAGAUGGGAAGCCAGUGGAGGUGGACCCUCACCACAUCCUCAUUGAAGACCCAGAUGGCUCCUGCACCCUCAUCCUGGACAACCUGACCGGAGUGGACUCUGGACAGUACAUGUGCUUUGCGGCCAGUGCUGCCGGCAGUGCCAGCACGCUGGGGAAGAUCCUGGUGCAGGUGCCUCCUCGGUUUGUGAACAAGCUACGGGCCUCACCCUUCGUGGAGGGAGAGGAUGCCCAGCUCAGCUGCACCAUCGAAGGCGCCCCGCACCCGCAGAUCAGGUGGUACAAGGACGGGGCCCUGCUGACUGCAGGCGGCAAGUACCGGAUGCUGAGUGAGCCCCGCAGCGGCCUGCUGGUGCUUGUGGUCAGCGCGGCCGGCAAGGAGGACCUGGGACACUACGAGUGCGAGCUGGUGAACCGGCUGGGCUCCACUCGCGGCGGAGGGGAGCUGUACAUGCAGAGCCCUGCCCUGCGGGCCCGGGAGCAGCGCCCUGGGGAGCUGACCGUGGCUGCUGUGGAAGUCACUGAGCAGGAGACUAAAGUCCCCAAGAAAACCGUCAUCAUAGAGGAGACCAUCACCACUGUGGUGAAGAGUCCCCGCGGCCCACGACGGUCCCCCAGCAAGUCCCCUUCCCGCUCGCCUUCCCGCCGCUCCACCAGCCCGCAGAGGCCAGGCCUGUUGACCCCUGACCUGCUGUUCCCGCCGGGGUCCAGCCAGCCACGCAGGCCUGAGGCAGAGCCAGGCCGGAAGCCCACUGUGCCCGCGCUGUACGUGACAGAAGCCGAGGCCCCCUCCCGAGCCCUGCCAGGGGGUGCAGGGCCCCAGCACAAGUGGGUGGAGGUCGAGGAGACCGUGGAAGUUCGCGUGAAGAAGUCAGGGUCUCGGCCUGUGUCUCCUGCCAGAGAGGCUCCUGGAGGCGUUGGGGGGCUGCUCUUCACACUGCCCAGUGGGACCCCAGGAGGGGACCCCAAUGCCAACAACUCCAACAAUAAGCAGCUGGUCCAGGAGCCCCAAGCCCAGGGUCCAGCUGUGGCUCAUGUUGGGGAGCCCCUGGUCUUCUGUGUGGACACUGGGGGCAGUGUGGACUGGGCUGCUUCCGGAGUAGUCAGUCCUGAGCCAGAGGAGACUGGGGCUUCCCCCCAAGAUGGUGGCAUGGAGGAGGCAAGAAGAGAGGACGAGGCAGGGGGCCCUUUUGUGGUUGAGGAGCCCCAGCAUACAGAUGGUCUUUGCAGCCGUGACCCCAAGAUCCUCACGCACAAUGGUCGUGUGCUGACCCUGGCCGACCUGGAAGACUACGUGCCCCAGGCGGGGGAGACCUUUGGCUGCCGUGGCCCGUCGCCCAGCACCGCUGACCACACACCCUGCGAGGUGUCCGUGCUCCAGAGAGAGAUCAGUGAGCCCACCGUGGGGCGGCCUGUCCUGCUCAAUGUGGGGCGCCCCCCGAGACGUGCAGGCGUGCCUGGCUUCUUCAGGCCAGGACCUCAGGUCCACAGCCCCGAGGGCCUGUCCUUCCACGUGCGCGGGGCCUGUGCUGGGCCUGUGGGCAGCACUCCCUGGACCUCCUCCUGCACCCGGGUCCAGCACUCUGUGGAUGGGAGCCAGAGCAGCUUCAAGACAGAGGUCUCCACCCAGAUGGUCACCUUGGGGACUGUGGGAGAGACCGUCACGCUACACAUCCGCCGGGAUGGGGACGAGGCCCCUGGCCCCUCCCAGGGCUGAGGCCACACUCCCUGGAAGACUCAGAGGCCAGGGCCCUCUUCCUGCGCUGCCCUUGCCGCGUGGGGCCCGCGCCCUGCUGGGCACCAGCACCUGGCCCCAGGAACCUGCUCACCUCGGCUGCCCGUGCUCAGCUCUUCUGGCUUGGGGUCAGCCUGCCCUGCUCUCUGUCCUGGGCCCUUCCUACCUCACUGGACUUUGGUCCUCAGCAAGGAGGCCCACGGUGCCUGCAUUGCUGGAUGCGCUGAAGCCCUUCCAGAGCGUCCUGGCCAGGGCAGCGCGGAGGCCCCAGCUCUGCGUGGUUCCUUCUGGCCUGCGGGAACUCUGGACACGGAUGUGGACUUGGCAUGUGUCCUGCUUCCACUGGGCACAGGCCCCCAAGGCCACCCCCAAGGCCCGUGUGGCUCACAGCAGCUUGCGGGGUGGGCGUGGGUCCGGCCGGGAGCUGUGCACUGGCUGAUAAAGGCUGUACACCAAC